AAGUGAUGCUGACGGUGAUCGGUGCGCGAGCUUGAUGGUGAUGCGCAGCUCGUGAAGCAUCAGAGCAGAAAUUCGUCUGAUCAGAAAUCACAGAUCGAAGAUCAAAAUAAGAGGGCGCUGUGACCAUGACUCCCUCCCUCCCACUCUCAUUGGUUGGUCUCCUGUUCCUGGGUUUGGCCUCUUCUGAGACCAUUGACCCCUCGGUGGAUCUGACCAAUAGAAAUGCGGACUUCGCUGCCCGGCUGUACCGAGUCGUCUCCAGCCGGACCGACGACAAUGUCUUCCUGUCUACGUUCACACUGUCCGCCGGACUUUUGGCGUUGCUGAGUGGCACCGAUGGGUCGACCCGGGACCAGCUGCUGCAGGGACUCAGCCUGACUGGACUGGACCCUGAGACCCUCCCAGAUCUGUUUCUGGGUCUGAGGACCGCCGUCCAACAGGGGAGCCUCAUCAUGCACCUAAAGCAGGGCAUGGCCGUCUUACCUGCCCAAGCCUUUGAGGUGUCGCACUCGUACCUGGACCUGGUUCAGACGAAGUUUGGGGGGAACGCUCAGGGUAUUGCCUACACAGUUCCGCUCGAGGCUACCGACACCAUCAACCGCUGGGCUGAGGAGGAGACCGGAGAUAAGGUGCAGGAACUGGUGACCACCCUGGACCCCCAGACCCAGCUGCUGCUCGCCACCGCUGCCUUCCACCAGGCCGGGUUCAGUCCAUCCUUCAACGUGUCCUCCACUCAGGAUGAGCGUUUCUACGUGGACAAGUAUCACGUUGUCAUGGUUCCCAUGAUGUUCAGGUCUGGUAAGUACUUCCUGGCGUACGACAGCUUGGUGAAGGCUGGUGUGUUGCAGCUGACGAUGACAGGCGGGGCAGCCAUGUUGGUUGUGCUGCCAGACGAAGACGUAGACAUCACGGGGGUGGAAGAAGAGGUUACCGGAGAGAAGAUCAGGGCCUGGAUCAGCAAGCUCAAGAAGACGAAGUUGGAGGUGCAGCUUCCUCGCUUCCUGUUGGAGCGUUCCUAUUCUCUGCGUGACGCCCUGCAGACUCUUAACAUCAGUCAGGUGUUUCAGGAUGGCGCUGACUUCAGCAACAUAGGGGGAGAUAAAACACUCAAACUGACACAGGUUUAUCAUAAAUCCGUCAUAUCCGUUGACGAGACCAGCGAUGAUGUCACUGCAGGCAGCGUGUUCUCCACUCUUCCUCCUCGACUGACCAUCAACAGACCCUUUAUCUUCAUCGUCUACCAUCAGACGAGUGGCAGCGUGCUGUCCAUUGGCCGAGUCAUCGACCCCUCAAAGAAAUAAAGCCCCGCCCACAUCAGUGACUCCUGCUACACCUGUUAAAUUAAUCAGUAUAAAAUAUACUAAUGUCAGUAACUCUCUCUUCUAGUGCUGUCCAACCUGAGGCCUCGAGUCCCCCCCGAGUGGUCACUGGAUACAUCUGAGACGAGUCAAUACUUACACAACACAAAAUUACAUUAAUGUUUUCAGACGUGUCUAAUCUGUGCUGUCAACAACUGCUCCAUGGAUCGUGAUGAAAGUUACUGGAGUCUCUUUCCAGCCCUCAAAAAUAAUAAUAAUAAAAAAAGAUUGCUGACUGAAAGUGCUGCAACGUACAGACGCUGCUGAAACAUGUCUUGACUUACAGAAGUUGGUUGAACGUGUCCUAACAUCCAGACACUGAUUGAAAGUAUUGUAAGUUACAGGAGUUGGUUGAACGUGUCGUAACUUACCAACACUGGUUAGUCGUGUCAUAACUUACAGAAUUUGGUUAAAUGUGUCGUAACCUACAGAAGCUGGUCGAAGGUGUCGUGACAUCCAGAUACUCGUAGCUAACCGACACUAGUUAAACUAGUCGUAAAUUACAGACGCUGGUUGAACUGGUCUAACAGGAGGAGCAGUACAUAUUUUGGAUAAAUUUAAUGAGUCUGGUGGAGACGGUAGAGUUACUGAUAUUAAAACAAUUGAAACGCUGUGACAGUGAAAGAGUAAUAAUCAAUAAUAAACUAAUAAUGUCAGCUGGACUUUGUGUUUACAGCUCCAUAAGUAAACGUUGGCAUGACAACCACUAUCAUAGCAUGUGUACUGUUUAUAGGUCAUGUGUGAAAACACUUCCUGUACUUUGGCCUAACUGUAUUUAAAUAUAUAAAACAUGUAUGUACGACCUGCAGUAAACCUCCUCUGUAAAACACUCAACAUUAAAAUGUCACUUUUUCCAGUGAA